CCAGCAUUUUGACCAUCUUCCUUCCUUUCAGAAUUCGAAAUGAUUGUUGUUUAGCUAUCAGCAAAGUCGGGUUUCUCAGAAGCCGAGAAGCUCUGAUCUCCCCAAUAGAAUCACAAAUAGAUGACCCGCGAGUGUAAAAUUAGGGUUCCUGCUCUGAAUUCAGGAACACAGCCAUGAUUUCUGCACUGGUUUCCAAUGGAAACCCUACAUUCACCAGAAACCCAGGAAUCCGGAGCGGAGAAAAGGUCUAUUCUUGGUUCAAUCACAACUCCGUUUCUUGCUCUCGGAACCAGAAACAGUUAUCCAAGAACGCGAAUCUCAAGAGCUGGAGGUCCAGAGUUUCCAGCACAGAGGAGGAGAGUCAUGGCAGAGCAGAGAUGGCGGUUUUGUGUGGGUUCGGGUAUUGGGUUCAAGGGUUCAGGCUAUUUCCAUGGUUGGCUUUGAACUUCCACAUGGCUCAUGGAAUGAAAAUGCACCCUUCAACUCUGCAGUUUGUGCAGAACUCUGGUAAUCUCCCAUUUGUUGCCAAGCCUCUCUAUGGAAUCUUGUCUGAUGCCCUCUAUAUUGGCGGUGCUCACCGGUUGCCAUACAUUUCAAUCGGAGUUUUCCUCCAGGCUUUGGCUUGGGGUAAACUAGCUCUGGUUUCGGCUGCUAGUGAAGGGUAUCUGGGUAUUAUGCUGUGCGUUCUUUUAAGCAACCUUGGAGCUUCCAUUACAGAAGUUGCUAAGGAUGCCCUAGUGGCAGAAUAUGGUCAGAAAAACAGAAUGACCGGUCUUCAAUAUUAUGCGUUCAUGGCUUCCGCUGCUGGUGGGAUAUUUGCUAACUCUCUUGGUGGAUAUAUCUUGCUGAAAACAAAGCAACCUAAAUUCAUGUUUCUAAUCUUUUCCGUUUUGCUCGCGGUCCAAUUAGCAUUGUCUUUGACAGUAAGGGAGGAAUCCCUUGGUUUGCCUCAACCAUCAAACUAUGCUCCUCCCGUAAGGAAAUCAAUCCUGGGUAAAUUUGUAAAACAGUACUCUGACCUUAUGGUUUGCAUUAGAGAAGAAAGAAUAUAUCGCCCUCUUAUUUGGUUUGUGGCAUCAAUUGUUGCUGUCCCUGUUCUAUCGGGUUCUAUCUUCUGCUAUCAAACACAGUGUCUUAAUUUGAACCCAUCAACCAUUGGGAUGGCAAAAGUGACAGGCCAGUUGGUGCUUCUCUCCAUCACUGUCCUCUACGAAAGGAUUUGGAAAGAUAUCCCAAUCAGAAAAUCUGGUGGCGUCAUUCAGAUUAUAUAUGCUGCCUCUCUUCUUCUUGAUUUUGUGCUUGCGAGACAAAUUAAUCUCAAGCUGGGAAUUUCCAACGAAACUUUCGUGCUUUGUUUUUCCGGUAUUUCUGAGAUCAUAGCAGCAUUCAAGCUUUUGCCAUUCUCUGUUCUUUUUGCAAGUUUAGCACCGUCAGGAUGUGAAGGAUCUCUCUUGUCUUUCUUAGCGUCGGCUUUCUAUCUCUCUUCAAUAGUUAGUGGGUACUUAGGCGUUGGAUUGGCGUCUUACCUUGGGAUAACAUCAGGUGAUUUCUCAAGUCUGCCUGUUGGUAUAAUAAUCCAAUUUAUUUUAGCAUUACUGCCGCUUGGAUUGCUCGACUUCUUGCCAAUUUCAGAGUCCUCAGCCAAAAAGGAAAGCUCAAGGUAGAUGUAUUAAAGGGCUGGAACAAAUAGGAGAGUGGGAAAAGAUAGAUAUUCUUGACUCUGUCUGUUUGAUAGACAAUAGGUUGAUCUGAAUCAGUCCAAUUCUUAAGACAAGUCUAGUUUGAUCAUUGCACAUUUUUGUUUGAGAUGAUAAGGUACACUUCUAAAAAUGAGUUUUUUUUGUGUGGAAGAAAUGUAGAUGAUGUUGAUCUUGGAUUACUAUUAUAUGUGCUUUUCAUUUAAAAAAUCGACAGCCUAAAU